AUGGAUUCCCGAGACUCCGGGGACCCGGAGCGCGGGGAGGACGGCGGGGACACGGCUUCAGGUACAGGGUCAGGGACGCUAAAACAAACCAAAGCGGCGAGGGCGCGCACCAUGGCUCUCUACAACCCUAUACCCCACCGGCAGAACUGCCUCACUGUCAACAGGUCGCUCUUCAUAUUCGCCGAGGACAAUUUAAUUCGGAAAACCGCCAAGAGGAUCAUAGAAUGGCCACCGUUUGAGUGGGUGAUCCUGGCGACCAUCACGGCCAACUGCAUCGUCCUGGCCCUGGAGCAACAUCUUCCUGGGGAGGACAAGACCCCCAUGGCCAAAAGACUGGAGUGUACUGAGCCUUACUUCAUUGGGAUCUUCUGUUUUGAGUUUGGCAUCAAGCUUGUGGCCCUGGGCUUUGUGUUCCAUAAAGGCUCCUACCUGAGGAAUGGAUGGAAUAUCAUGGACUUCAUCGUGGUGGUCAGCGGAAUCCUGGCUACAGCAGGGGCCCACAUGAACAUCCCCGUGGACCUGCGGACUCUGAGGGCGGUGCGAGUCCUGAGGCCUCUCAAACUGGUCUCUGGGAUCCCUAGCUUGCAGAUCGUGCUGAAGUCCAUCAUGAAGGCCAUGGUGCCUCUGCUCCAGAUCGGCCUGCUCUUGUUCUUCGCCAUUCUCAUGUUCGCCAUCAUCGGCCUGGAGUUCUACAGCGGGAAGCUCCACCACACCUGUCUACCUACAGCUGACAUCCUGGAAAAUGAGACGAUGGAUACGACCGAGGUGGAGUUUGCGUGCGGAGUCAGGAAGUGUCCAGAGAAGUACGACUGUGUCGGGUCAUGGAUCGGCCCCAACGACGGCAUCACCCAGUUUGACAACAUCCUGUUCGCUGUGCUCACUGUCUUCCAGUGCAUCACCAUGGAGGGAUGGACAGCUGUACUCUACAAUACCAAUGAUGCCUUGGGCUUUAUGUGGAAUUGGAUCUACUUUAUUCCUCUCAUCAUCAUCGGCUCUUUCUUCGUACUCAACCUGGUGUUGGGAGUCCUCUCCGGGGAGUUUGCCAAAGAGAGGGAGCGGGUGGAGAACCGUAGAGCCUUCAUGAAGCUGAGACGCCAACAGCAGGUAGAGAGAGAACUCAACGGAUACAGAGCCUGGAUAGACCGAGCAGAGGAGGUUAUGCUGGCUGAGGAGAACAAGAAGUCGGGGAGAUCUGCUUUAGAUGUGCUGAAGCGGGCCACCAGUAAAAAUGCAAAGCGUAGAGGAGGUCCUGGGGAUGCGGAGAUAUCCACUAUAGGAGCACCUCGUAUGCGGAUCCGUACGGUGCGACGUGGCCCGGUGGCGUACAUGCGUCGUAAGGAGCGUAUGCUGCGUAUCUCCCUGCGGCGCAUGGUGAAGACAGACACCUUCUACUGGACUGUCCUCAGCCUGGUGUUUCUCAACACCAUAUGUGUGGCCAUUGUCCACCAUAACCAGCCAGACUGGCUCUCCACCUUCCUGUACUAUGCAGAAUUUGUUUUCCUGGGGCUCUUCUUGGCAGAGAUGUUCUUAAAGAUGUACGGCCUGGGUUUCCGCCUCUAUUUCCACUCCUCAUUCAACUGCUUUGACUGUGGAGUGAUAGUUGGCAGCAUCUUUGAGGUGGUGUGGGGCUUCUUCCGGCCUGGCAUGUCCUUUGGCAUCAGCGUCCUUAGGGCGCUGAGACUCCUGAGGAUCUUUAAGAUCACCAAGUACUGGGCAUCACUGAGGAACCUGGUGGUGUCUCUCAUGAGUUCCAUGAAGUCCAUCAUUAGUCUGCUCUUUCUCCUCUUCCUCUUCAUUGUCGUCUUCGCCCUGCUUGGCAUGCAGCUCUUUGGGGGCAGGUUCAUCUUUGAAGAUUACACUCCUACCAACUUUGACACGUUUCCAGCUGCCAUCAUGACAGUGUUCCAGAUCCUGACUGGUGAGGACUGGAAUGAGGUGAUGUACAAUGGGAUCCGCUCCCAAGGAGGAGUGCAGUACGGCAUGUGGUCCUCCAUAUACUUCAUAGUGCUCACCCUGUUUGGGAACUAUACACUGCUCAACGUCUUCUUGGCCAUCGCUGUGGAUAACCUUGCCAACGCACAGGAACUCACCAAGGACGAAGAGGAGGAAGAGGAGUUUUUCAAUGCAAGAUACGCCAGAGGCACAGAUGGCCCGAUGUCUGAGUACUUCUCCAACCGCCGUGACCGACGGAGGAGGGGGGGAGGAGGAGGAAGAGGAGGAAGGUCCGUGUGGGAGCAGAGGGCCAACCAGCUACGUAAGCGGCGCCAGAUGGAGAGCCAGGAGGUCCUGUUCGGAGGCAGCCCCACCGAGGACACCACUGACACCCCUACCACCGCCUACCGCGCCCCCACCCUCUCCCCAGACGCAAGCCCCGGUCACCUGCCCGAGUCGCCCAUGUCCGGGAUCAUGCCCAUGCCUGAACCCCCGAUGUCCAUUGCCAUCCCGCUACCGGAACCCCCAGACUCGGAGCCUGUGCCUCUGUUUACGUUAGCUGAAGAGAGAGCGGUGAACCAUCGCCCCACAGGUGGGGAAAGGAGACACAGGGUGGCCCGGAAAUCCAGGCCUGGUCCUGGGGGGGCGGAGGAGGGAGGGGCGGCGCGGCAUAGGAGGCACCGUCACCGUGAGGCCCGGGCUGAGGCCAAGAGCAGAGAGUCCCCACAUGAGGAGGUCAGCGAAUCAGGCAGCCGCGAGAGGAAGAUAUUGGAAGAGAGGGAGGAGAAGGAGGAAAAAGAGGAGAAGGAGGACAAAGGAGAGUUCGCUGAGGUGGAGGGAGGAGUGUCAGGCAAGGAUGAAGGAGGAGCCCUUAUUAUCAACUUAGAGAGUGAAGAAGAGCAUCUGAGGGUGUGUAUUGCAGACAUCCCUGAGCCUCCCCUAUGUGAUAACUUCCCUGAGUACCUACCCCCACCCCUGCUGGAACUUCCACCCCAGAUGGAGGAGGGUGAGGUGGGGGAGACUGGGCAGUGUGAGCCCUUGUCCCAGGACCCUCCAGUGGAGCCAGCCCCAGAGCAGUUCGCAGACCCCUCAGAGCUCCAGGCAGCAGCAGGGGUCAGUGACUCAGAGAACAACCAAGCCUCCCUGAACCUUGAGGAGGGUAAGGAGUCAGAGCAAGGCCCAGACAGCCAGACCAGUGUGAUCAUAGAAAUGUCUGGAGCACAGCCACUGCUGGAGGUCACCCCCAUGACAGCUUUACACAGCAGCAAGGAGGUGGAGGUGUACCAUCGUGAGAGGAAGGAGAAGAAGGAGGAGGAGGAGUCGCAGGUGGAGAAGGAGGAGGAUGAGGAGGCUAGCCCGCCCAAACCUGUACCUCCUGGCAGCAUGUUCCUCUUCAAGGCCUCCAACCCGAUCAGGAGGAUCUGUCACUAUGUGGUGACCAUGCGCUACUUUGAGAUGACCAUCUUGCUGGUGAUCGUGGCUAGCAGCAUCGCUCUGGCUGCUGAAGACCCUGUGUGCACCAACUCUGACAGAAACAGGGUUCUCCGUUACUUUGAUUACGUCUUUACUGGAGUCUUCACGUUUGAAAUGAUUAUAAAGAUGACUGACCUGGGACUGCUUCUUCAUGAUGGCUCCUACUUCCGUGACCUGUGGAACAUUCUGGACUUCAUUGUGGUGGUGGGAGCUCUAAUCGCCUUCGCUCUGACGAAUGUGAUUGGGAACAACAAAGGCAGAGACAUCAAAACCAUCAAGUCCCUCAGGGUUCUGAGAGUCCUACGACCUCUGAAGACCAUCAAGAGACUCCCCAAACUCAAGGCGGUGUUUGACUGUGUGGUGACGUCUUUGAAGAACGUCUUCAACAUCCUCAUCGUCUACCAGCUCUUCAUGUUUAUCUUCGCUGUCAUCGCCGUUCAGCUCUUCAAAGGAAAGUUCUUUUACUGCAAUGACAGCUCCAUGGACACAGAGAAGGAGUGCCAAGGUUACUACAUUGACUACGCUCGAGACAAGAAGGAAGUGAAGAAGAGGGAGUGGAAGAGGCAUGAGUUCCACUAUGACAACGUGUGCUGGGCUCUGCUCACUCUCUUCACUGUUUCAACUGGAGAGGGCUGGCCGCAGGUUCUGCAGCACUCUGUGGACGUGACAGAGGAGGACAUGGGUCCAAGUCGGGGCAACAGGAUGGAGAUGUCCAUCUUUUACGUUGUCUACUUUGUGGUCUUCCCUUUCUUCUUUGUCAACAUCUUCGUCGCUCUCAUCAUCAUUACCUUCCAGGAACAGGGUGAUAAGAUGAUGGAGGAGUGUAGCUUGGAGAAGAACGAGAGGGCAUGCAUUGACUUUACCAUCAGUGCCAAGCCCCUGACGCGCUACAUGCCCCAGAACAGGCAGACCUUCCAGUACCGGCUGUGGCACUUUGUGGCGUCACCAUCGUUUGAGUACACAGUGAUGGUCAUGAUCGCCCUCAACACUGUGGUGCUCAUGAUGAAGUACUACUCAGCUCCAGCAGCAUAUGACACGGUACUGAAGCACCUGAACACAGCCUUCACCGUUCUCUUCUCCCUGGAGUGUAUCCUCAAGAUCAUGGCCUUUGGUUUUGUGAACUAUUUUCGAGACACUUGGAACAUUUUUGACUUCAUCACUGUGCUCGGCAGCAUCACUGAGAUCAUUGUGGAUUUACAGUCAAUAAACACAUUCAAUAUGAGUUUCCUGAAGCUGUUCCGGGCUGCCAGACUGAUCAAACUGUUGAGGCAGGGCUACACCAUACGAAUCCUGCUCUGGACCUUUGUACAAUCCUUCAAGGCUCUUCCUUAUGUUUGUCUGCUCAUCGCCAUGCUGUUCUUCAUCUAUGCCAUCAUUGGGAUGCAGGUGUUUGGAAACAUCAAGCUGAACGAUGAAAACCAUAUCAACCAGCACAACAACUUCAAGACCUUCUCCGGUGCACUGAUGCUUCUCUUCAGGAGUGCGACGGGGGAGUCAUGGCAGGAGAUCAUGCUAUCGUGUCUGGGGGGGCAGGAGUGUGAGCCAGACUCCUCCAUGGCGCCCAUGACCAUGUCCCCUGACCACGAGGGAGGCUGUGGUACUGACUUCGCCUACUGCUACUUUGUCUCCUUCAUCUUCUUCAGCUCUUUUCUGAUGCUGAAUCUGUUUGUGGCUGUGAUCAUGGAUAACUUUGAGUAUCUGACCAGAGACUCUUCCAUCCUGGGUCCUCAUCACCUGGAUGAGUUUGUCCGUGUCUGGGGAGAGUACGACCGCGCAGCAUGUGGGCGUAUACACUACACCGCCAUGUAUGAGAUGUUGACCCACAUGUCUCCACCCCUGGGCCUGGGGAAGAAAUGCCCCAGAGGUAUGGCCUACAAGAGGCUGGUGUUGAUGAACAUGCCUGUGGAUGAGGACAUGUCAGUCCACUUCACCUCCACCUUGAUGUCUCUCAUCCGCACCGCUCUGGAGAUCAAGAUCGCACGAGGUGGGGAGGACCGAGUAGCUCUGGACACUGAGCUACAGAAGGAGAUCAGUGUGAUAUGGCCAUACCUCCCCCAGAAGACCCUGGAUGUACUGGUGCCCAUCAACAAAGAUUCUGACAUGACAGUAGGUAAGAUAUAUGCCUCCAUGAUGAUCAUGGACUACUUCAAACAGAACAAAGCCAAGAAGCUGAGAGCACAGCUGGAAGCACAGAAGGCCAGUCUGAUGCCGUUCCAGCGGCUGGAUGCCUCGACCCUCUCUGAAGACAUUCUGUCCAAUGCCCAGCCCCUGCCCUGCAUGCCCCACAGUGCUGGCUCCGCCCUGACCAGAGGAGGCCUGGUGGCGUUGAGUCCUCUCUCCCCCCAGGACCUGCUCAACAUGCAGCCCAUGACCUCUGACACGGAUACCAGAAGCCAACACUCCAGGGUGAGUGCAGGGGAGUGCAGUGGGUUGAUUCCUGACCCACUGGAGCUCCCAUUUGGCAGGGGGCUGUGUGUACGGGCUUCCUCCAUGCCUCGUCUGUCUGUAGAGCCACAGGUACUGCCCUCUGACCACACUGACUCCUCCAGGGGCCGGAAGGGCCCGGGGCAGCAAGGGGGCCCCAGAACCGAGAUGGCCAGUGGCUCUAUGAAGCGGUCCUCGUCCACUGUGGCUGACCAGAGGGUGAAUGGCCUGUGGCAGGAGGAGAAGAAAAGUCCUGAUAGACUGUACAGACCACGCCACAAGAGCUACAAGGCUGCCGUGUCGCGGUCAGAAAGGAAGAGGCAGUUGGACACAGAGAAGGAGCGCGGGAGGUCUAAAGAGCGCCGCCACCUCCUCUCCCCAGACACGUCCCGCUGUACCUCCGAGGAGAGGAGCCUGCAACCCUCACACUCCCCUAGCCGUGAUCGCACACACCCCCUGGACAAACAGGGCAACAGCUCCGACAGCCCCAUCCCCACCUCUGAAUCUAGUACUCCUAGCCGUCGCCCCCUGUCCCAGACCUCAACACGCUCCCAUCCCCACAUCUCUUACUCUCCUCUGGUGUGUCGCACGCACCCUCCCUCAGGGGACGAUGAUGACGACAGGGGCAGCCCAGAGACUCAGAGGCGAGGGGAAGCCUCCAGAGAGGGGGCAGGGGGAGAGGGACAGAGUGGGGCGAGGGGCCGUCGCCACCAGCAGGGCUCUCCCCUGCGUCGCUACCCGUCGGAGCCCUACCUGGCCCUGCAGGAGGACGAGCACAGUCUGGACCCCACCGGGUUCAUGGAGACGCUGACUUUCGAGGCGGCGGUAGCCACCAGCCUGGGACGUGCUAACACGGUCAGCUCCACAUCCAGCUCCAGCUUCAGCUCCGCUCGACGGGGUUCCAGGAGCGGCUGGCAGGUCCCCAACGGACACUUCCGGAAACGCCUGGCUCAGACGGUCUCUGUUGCGGGCUGUGAGCCACUCAGCGACACAGAAGAGGACGACCGCUGCUAG